UACACACUCUCCCCGCACUUCCUUCCUUCCUCUCUAUACUCGAAUCAUUUCAUUUCAUUUCACCUUAAUAACUUCAGUAAAAAUAACCUUAAUUUCUCCGAUCCUCUAACGGCAUUUUAAUGGAGUAUGGGAGGCUCGGGUCGUCGGUGGAGCGGGGCGGUUCGGCGUCGCGCCGGGAGAUGUUGCCGGACGGGGCGAGGUGCGGGAAGGGGAAGAAGGUGAAGGCUCUGCUAAUGUUUGCAGCGGUUCUGAUCGUUGCCUCCGCGGCUUCGGUGGCGGUUUUGGUGGGGGUGAGGGGGAAGGGGGAAGGGGAUAGGAUCACGGCGAGGCCUACUCAGGCUAUUGCCCGGACGUGUAGCAGGACGCGGUACCCGAGCGUGUGUGUGAACGAGCUCCGGGAUUUCCCGGGCGCGCUGGCGGCGUCGGACGCCGACCUGGUCCACAUUUCCGUCAACGUGACGCUCCAGCGGUUCGGGCGGGCGUUGUACAUGGCGACCGACCUUAGCACCCUCCCGAUGAGCGCGCUCGAGAGGUCGGCCUACGAGGAUUGCCUCGAGCUCCUCGACGACUCGGUGGAGCUCCUCUCCCGCUCGCUGACCUCCGUAAGCGGAGGGAGGGCGCAGGACGUGCACACGUGGCUCAGCGCCGCGCUCACCAACCAGGACACGUGUACCGAGGGGCUGCUCGAAACUAACGGCCCCGUGAAGAGCCAGAUGUCGGCGAGGUUGAAGAACUUAUCGGAGCUGGUCAGCAACUGUCUGGCCAUUUUCGCUGCCGCCCACGGCGACGAUGACUUCGCCGGCGUGCCGAUUCAGAACCGCCGCCGUAGGUUGUUGGGGCACGGAGAUUUCCCGGAAUGGUUAUCUCGGAAGGAACGGAGAUUGCUUGACUUGCCGGCGCCGGCGAUCCAAGCCGACAUAAUCGUGUCACAGGACGGCAACGGAACGGUGAAGACUAUCGCCGAGGCGAUCAAGAAAGUGCCGGAACACAGUACUCGCCGGACCAUUAUUUACGUGAGGGCAGGAAAGUAUGUAGAGCAAAAUCUGAAAAUAGGGAGGAAAAAAACAAAUGUGAUGAUGAUCGGAGACGGGAAGGGCAAAACGGUAAUUGCGGGAGGAAGCAGCGUUGCCGAUAACAUGACGACAUUCCACACCGCCGCUUUCGCUGCAACUGGGGCGGGUUUCAUUGCAAAGGACAUAACGUUUGAAAACUGGGCCGGACCAGCGAAGCACCAGGCGGUGGCGCUUAGGAUCGGCGCAGAUCACGCCGUGAUCUACCGCUGCCAGAUCAUCGGCUACCAAGACACCUUAUACGUGCACUCCCAGCGGCAGUUCUACCGCGAGUGCGAAAUCUACGGCACGGUGGACUUCAUCUUCGGCAACGCCGCGGUGGUGCUCCAGAACUGCACCAUCUACGCGCGGAAGCCCAUGGCGGGGCAGAAGAACACCAUCACCGCGCAGAACCGCAAGGACCCGAACCAAAACACCGGCAUCUCCAUCCACGCGUCCCGCAUCCUGGCCACCUCCGACCUCGACUCCUCCCAGGCCAACUUCUCCACCUACCUCGGCCGACCCUGGAAGAUGUACUCGCGGACGGUCGUCAUGAUGUCGUACAUCGGCGACCACGUUCACCCGCGGGGGUGGUUGGAGUGGAACGCUACCUUCGCGCUCGACACGCUCUACUACGGCGAGUACAUGAACUCCGGCCCCGGGGCGGCCUUGGCUCGGCGGGUCAGCUGGCCGGGCUACCGGGUCAUCACGUUGCCCGUCGAGGCUAGCAAGUUCACCGUGGCGCAGUUCAUUUUUGGAUCCUCGUGGUUGCCUUCAACUGGAGUGGCUUUCUUGGCUGGUCUUAGCACUUAAUAACCACGACUAAGCUAUAUAUACAUACACGUAUACAUACACUUUCUAGUGGUGAUCCAAUUUUAAUUUUCUCAAAAUCCAUAAUUUCUAUGGAGGAAAAUUGUGAGUAGCUCUGAUCUACCGUGAUUUACUUCCUCUCAUAUUUUCUAUCAGGCCGAAGCACGGGACUUUAGGACCUGGGAUUCAAAGAAAAUUGUGGGUAGCCUAUUUCUUCAUUUACUAUGGGCCAGUAAAUAAUAUAAUUUUAAUGCAAUUUCAUUUACCAGGCCAGUAUUUGGAUUACCAUAGGUAAGAAUAUAAUAUAGUGAUUAUGUAUACGCCAGUGCUGGGAGUUCAAAUUUCUGAAUUGACAUAAGUACGCGCAAGGAUAUUGUGAUUUGGUUACAUUUUUUAAUUUGUAUUAUUUCCCUUCAACUCAAUGUAUUUUGUAUGAGUAUGUAAAGCAAAGAUUUAUUAAAAUGAAAAAUGUUAUUUUGAAUA